AUGGCCCACCCCACGGACGCGCCUGACGCCUCGCACACGUGCCCAACACCCAACAGCGACGUGGAGCGCGGCAUUCUACCUACGCUGGGGAAGACAAAGGAGCAGCGCAUCCAGGAUCUGCGAGACCAAUCCAAGCAGCUCUUUCAGUGCAUUGACGACAUGGAGCGGGCCAAAUGGAUGUUGGGUCGACCCGUGAACAACUCGCUCCUCUUUCAACUGCUGCACGACGACACCACCGACACUAUGUCGUGGUUUGAUCGCGAAGCGAUUCAAGACGAGAAGAAGAAGGUGCUACAGCACCCUGUGAUGCGCGUGCUGGUCUUGCUCAAGUGGCAGGCGUUUGGCUUCCGCAUGUACUGCGAGCACCUCUUCAUGUACUGGCUGCUUCUCUUCACGAUGGUCCUCUCGCUCUCGAUGGGCCUCGGCGUCGCCCCCGAGUCGACCUACCACGAGCUCCUCAUCGGCUGGCUCACAACGUGCUCGUUCCUCAUCAUUGUGGCGUUCGCGACGCGCUUCUUCACGUGGAAGCGAAAUUGCUCUGCGCGUGCGUUGCGAUCGCGCUGGGAGACGUUUGGCCGCGUCAACAACAUCUUUGUCGGGGUCUCGGCACUCUAUUUUUGCGCGAUCGAGCUCCGCGAACUGGCGGCCGACGUUGACGACGAUGCGCUGCGCAAGCAAAUGGGCCUGCUGCAAUGGCACAUCGUGUACAUCCCGCGCCACAUGUGCUUGGCGGUGUGGGACGUCGUGCGUGGCCGCAAGCCAACGCCGUACCUCGAGUCGUACUGGAACCGCAUCCAGCUCCCGACCUUCUUCUUCGUCCUCAUCUACGUCUUCUGCGAGUUUACGGCACCAUUUUCGGUCAACAUGCGCGUCUAUGCUGGCAUUCCGGCAGUCCUCCUGCUCUGGAUCAUGGGUCUUCAGUACCUCGAGGUCUUUGGCUCGAUCUCGUACCUCCUCCCGAUGAUGCGGCGCAUGCUCUCGGAUGGGUACAGCUUUUUGGUCUUCUACUGGUCGAUCCAGUGCGGCUACACGUGUGCGUACUACCUCCUCUUCAAGAGCCAAGGCGAGAACGCCGCGUUCGCGCCGUACAACUCGCUGCCCGAGAGCUUCGUCACGACGUACCUUGUAACGUUUACGCAGAUCAACUUGGCGCCGUUCCAGGCGCUGACGUCGCCGGCGGCCUAUGUGCUUGGCUACACGCUGCUGCUAACGCACGCGACGAUCGUCAUCGUGAUGCUGCUCAACGCGCUCAUUGCCAUCAUGAACAAAACCAUGGGCGCGUACGUUGAAGAAGCCAAGCUCGAGGCGACGGUAACGUUUUCCGAGUGCGUGCUGCGCUUGGAGAAGGCCAAGACGUUUGGCACGCAGACCAAAGACUGGGCGAGCAUCUUGGGCAAAGAUGAUCAUGUGUUUUUCAACGUCCUCGAAGACACGCUGCGGAUGCUCCGCCACGAAAACAACCACGACGAGGUCGUGCGUGAGGCGAUCGAGGCCUAUAACCUGGCGGCGAAGUCGUUUCUCAAGUCCGACUAA